AUGACGACAACAACAGCAACACCUAGUCGUAGUGUCGUGGAAGCCAGACUUCGAGGUGCUCUUUGGAGUUUCUUUAGUGGCGAUGCUCUGGCGGCUCCCACGCAUUGGUACUAUGGGGGAUUCCAGCAAGUCCAAAUGGACUAUGGACCCAACGGCAUCACCACGUACACAAAACCGAAAAUGGAAUUGAGAGGAUCCAUUCUCAAUAAGAGCGAUGUCAAUGGUGGAGGAAGAAGUAGCAGUAGUAGUAGCAGUGGCAAGUGGAGUCUAUUUGGAUCGUCAUCCGACAAAAACAACAAAAAGGAACAAAUUACUAUUAUCGGAGAUGUCAUUAAUCACGGAAAGAAACCCUACUGGGACAAGCACAAAUCCAUUCACUACCAUGCCACCUUGCAACGCGGCGAAAACACCCUCGAAGCACAAUUGGCACGAGUACUCAUGAAAACCAUUGUACAAAAUGACGGACGCUUCAAUGCCGAUGCCUUUCGGGACGCCUACGUCACGUUCCUGCAAACACCGGGGAGUCACAAUGAUACCUACGCAUCCACAUGUCAUCGCAUGUUCUUUUCCAAUCUCGUCUUUUCCAAACUGCCACCCGAGAAAUGUCCCGACAAUGACGGACACAAUGUCGAUACCAUUGAUGGAUUGAUCCUACCGACCAUUGCCGUAUUGGCCACAGCGGCUGCGUCCCAGCAACCCGACAGGGUGGAAACUGUGGCCGCCCAAUGCGCUGCCGUCACACGCCAAUCGGCAGUGUUGGAACAAUCCAGUCGAAUUUGGAGUCGAUUGGUGACAGCCUCGUUGCUCGAAGAGGACGAUGCCGCCGUCGUACAACAGAUGAACGAUUGCAGUCAAAGCUGGGGACACCGACGACCUCCCAGUGCCAACGCCCCCGAUCAAAUGACUGCCUGUUACUUGAGUCAAUCCGUUCCGGCCUUGUUGAACAUGAUUGCCAAGUACAUGCCAAAGAAUGAUGGACGGACUGGUGUUUGGAACGCCCUCUUGUCCAAUGCCAACAUCGGAGGUGAAAAUGUGCAUCGUGGAUCGAUUCUAGGAGCCGUGCUGGGAGCUCGAGCCACAUACGAUAAUCUGCCCACGGAACUGGUCCAAGGAUUGCACGACAAGGAACAGUUGGAACGAGAAAUUGAGGACUUUGUACAGGCAGUCAUGAAAAACUAA